AUGUCUGUAGGAUCUGGUCACUAUCGUUACGACGAGCCAAUGUUGGAGAACUACCAUGACCUGGACGGCGGCGUGGUCGGUGUCAACAGUCAAAUAAAGCUGGAUUCGGACGAGGUAAAGGAAGCCUUCUCAGAAAAUGCAUUCCAGCUGUGGAAGGAGGACAAAGGAAAUUCUGUCGGAGAACUGAAGCAAGUCGCCAUUGCGGACAUCGUCAAUGAAGAAACUCUAGCAAAAAUCAACAACCGAUUAAAAGUUAUGCAAAAGGGAGACAAAGAAUGGGCCCAGCUCGAUCAAGGCACCCAAGAGUUCGACGAAAUGAUAUACAGCGGCAAUGCCAAGUGGGCAGCAUUUAUGCUCACCGAUUACCACCAGGCCUUUGGAGAUUUGAACAUCCUGAACAUUCAGAUUGCAAGAGAGACUAUCUUUGACGGCUCUUUUAAGGGAUAUAUGGUGUUCAACAUUGGAGCCAGGAGCUAAGUUCAGAGGGCUCCCCCAGUCCGUGACUCCGGGUACGUAAUAAGACCACCAGUGUCCCUAAACGGGCUGGCUGGACGGAGAUUAAUAUUGCCCCAUUUUGGUUCUCUGGAGAGAAUUUUGGUGGUAAAGAAUUAAAUCCGUGACGAUGUGGCACAAAGAGUUGGUUUGAGACGUGCCGUGACCCAACUUUUGCACACGUGAGUUUUUUCAUCUCUCUUCUUGGUACUAGUCUUUCGUCCUAAAGAAAAUGCAAUCCUAUACUUAAUUCUGCCAUCCGAGUUAUCUCGGCUCGAGCGGCAUUCCACCUGUGAUUGUGCC